GAACGCAUGAGUCACGUGUUUCCGGGUCACAACAGCACUUCCGGUCCCUCUCCUGUUUCAGUAUUUAAAAUAUAUCAAUGUGAGGUUUGUUACGGGGUUUACAGCUGAAGUAAAAAACAAAACAAAACAAAAAAAAAACAGGAAGGUUUUACUAACAUGGAAACAGAGGAAGUUGCAGCUGAGUUACCUGCAGAACCAACAACAGAAGUCAAAGAUGCAGUGAAUACAGAGGAAAGCAAAGAGCCCACGAAAAGCACAGACAUUCAGGACCAGGUCACAGAUGAAAACAAAGAGGAACCUGUAACCGAGAAGGAGGCUGAGCCUUCUAAAGACGACGACAAACCACCUGGUGACUGGUUGGAGCCACUCGAAGAAGACUGCGACGAUGUCGAUUCCCAGAGCGUUGAUGGAGAAGCAGAGAGCGUUGCGGGGAGCGAAUGGAGUGGGAGUGUGGUUAGCGUUAGGAAAAAUGUUGGAGAAAGGACGGGCAGAGGUGUUGGGAGACCUAGAAGGAGACCGCAAUUUGAGGUAGAUGAAGACUGGGAAGACUGGCCGUCGUUAGGAGAAGGAUGGAAACGCAAACAGGUUUUUCGUCGAUCAGGCACCAGUGAAGGACGCAGUGAUACGUACUAUAUGAGUCCAAGAGGUCAUAAAGUAAGAAGUAGGGUUGAGCUUUUGAAAUUUAUAAGCAAUACUGUGGACCUCACAAAUUUUGAUUUUAAAACGGGACAGUUUCUUGGUGAAGGGCCACGAAGAAGAAAGAGAAGGAAAGUGGAUUCUCCCCUGGCCUACGCUUCUGUACCGAGUUUUCCACAUGAAUCAACAGAUGUGGGUGCUGCGGCCGCGAGUCCAGGAUCUUCAGCUAAUAUCAGCUACGUUACAGCUCCGAAGCCGAGCUCAUAUUCGAUCCAAAAGGGUGCCAAUAUAGUGACCACGCCAAAAUGCAGUACAGAUACCUCUUUACCAAGUGCCGCCACUCACCCUAGCGUUGAUCUGACUAAAGAUUCUGCAAAUCCAACUCCUCCUCCUCCUCCUUUGGGCAGUUCAGUGUCUGCGGCCCCAAGUAGGCCCGUCAAUGGCACCAGUGGAGCUCCACUAAAAAUGUUUGGUGUCUGCCAUAAGUGUAAGAAGACCUAUUCUUUUGAAGAGGGACAAACUCUGUGCCCGAAUUGCAGGCUAGAGGUUAACACGUCAGUAGUAAGACGCAGAAAACCCUACAAAAAGUGGGUUCCGUGUGGCAGAUGCCGGGCUUGCCAAACUACAGUGGACUGUGGAAAAUGUGUUAGUUGCAGAAAUGGCCGGCUACGCCUUCGACUCAAUAUCCACUCUCGUAAAGUCGUUAAAUGUCGCAAACGGAAGUGUAUGCGCCCCACUCGUAAGGACAGGGCUGGAAGGGCAUCAGAAUGGCAGUUUUCAAACAUGGCUGGAUCGCUAAGCACCGCUUCAAAUAUUUCACAACCCUCAGUUUCAGACGAUUUUGAGGAAUCACAGAGCUCCUAUCUGCAGUACAGUGACUCAGAGGAUCUGUCUAUGUUCUUUGGGGGUAAUGAUGGUGACAUUGGCCUGGAUGAGAUGGGUGUGCCAAAAGUACGUCGCCGUUCAUGUGGAAAGUGUAAAGGCUGCGUUCGCCGCACAGACUGCGGCCGCUGUGAUUUUUGCAUGGACAAACCCAAGUUUGGAGGCAGAAAUAAAAAAAGACAGAAAUGCCGUCUACGACAGUGCCAAAGAGAGGCAAUGAAGCAUUUGCUGCCCAUGGAUGAGGCGGAGAUGUUGUUUUCUCAGGGCUGGGUUACACGUGGAAGGCCACGUUACACAUAUGGACGUGGAAGACCCAGGUCCAAAAACUUGUGGGAUUUCGAGGUUUCAGAUAAUGAAGCUGAAAUGAUUGUGCCAAAGGCUUCCUCAGGUGUUGCCCAGGCGGUGAAUCGGGACAGGUUCCUUCAUCCCAGUUACAAUGGAAAGGCUUAUGGUUACACUGAUGUUGCUAACAGUCAUUUGAUGAACAACAUUCCACUCUACAAUCCACAAAAAUUUGUGAUGAGCCCCCAGCUGCACAUAGGACGGGCGGGGAUGAUCAAAGAAAAUGGGUUUCAAGGCAGUGGCAUCAGCAGCAGAGCCCUUCUGUCUGCGAGACCAGAGGUUCUUCCAAUGGCAAUUCCACCAAACUGUGCUGUGAAGAGUUUGAGGGAUAUGAAUCGAUCACAAGGUUUGGCAGGUCAGGUACCAUGUCAAGAAGAGCAACAGGACGACGAUUCUUGUCCGUCGAUCACCCAGAUAUUCAGCAUGGCAGACAGUGACCCCACAAUCCAAGGUAUCGACGUCAAUCAUGAACUGAUGCCUCUUCUGAGAUCUCUUCGAAGCACGGUGCUUCCCGUCCUCUGGUUCUGCGUUGUGGUGGAAGGCCCUCGGUUACAGCUGAUGCAGUGCUCCAAGCGCUCCACUAUGGCAGACACCACUGUUCACAUCGAGCCCAGCUUCCACUACCACAUCAGCGUCCAGGGACAGCCUCUCCUGCCCACUCACAAACUCUACGACAGCCACCCAUCCUGUCUCACGGCAACAAAAGAGAUUAUUGACCUCCUCGAGGACCUAGAAAGGUACUCGGUCUGCCAGGGCUCGGCACACAAGAAUUCAACAAAUGGGCCAGAGCCUGUGUUUCCAGAGCGGGCGGCUACCUGCGACUUCCUUGUUUUGCCAGAAACAGAACGCUGUGAAAACUGUAAAACUCUACAAAGGGUAUAGAGAGAGACUAUUCAGCACAAGGGAGUUGGUCUUAAAGUAAUACAAUCUCCUAUUUUCUGAUUUUGAACUAUUCUAGAAUAUCUUUAUACUCUAAUAUUAAAAUAUUAGAGCACCGUUUAUGAUUGUUUGGGUUUGUUUUUUUUUUGUUUUUUUUUUUAGAAGGAUGCUACCAUUACAUUGACUGCUGAAUCAAUUUUUGGUUACUUUAAACCACAAAUAAGGACUAGCAUUAUUUCCCACAUUAAUGGGACAGUUCACCCAAAAAUUUAAAAUGUCAUAAUUUACUCACCCUAGUGAUGGAGGAAAAAAAAAAACAAACAACAGCACCAGGGUAAAUAGUUAUGACUUAAUUUUUAGGUGAACUGUGCCUUUAAUGAGUGACCACUAAACAUGAAGGUGUUUUUUUUGACCCUUGAGUAUGUAACACAUUUUGGUACCUACUAUGGCUAAGGAUGCAUAUUGAAUCCUGGUCAUAUGAAUGGAGGUAAUGAAUGGGCAUGUUUUACACAAUGAAACAUUCAGCAGUUUAACUGUACAUCUUGCCUUGCACUAAAGUUGUAAUAGUGCUUCACAUCCAUUGUGGUUUAAUUCCUCACACCAAUGAUAUCCGUAUAUAUGUGUUAAUGCUUAUGUACUUCUCAGGGGGGAUUUUUCAGAAUGCAUUAAUCAGAUGGAAGAUCCAUGUUUUGUUUAAAGAUUUAACAUUUGCUGUAUUGAUAUGGGAUGAGGCUGCUUUUCUUUUGGAUAGACAAUUUUGUACAUAGUGCAAGUGGUGUGGCAGAGGAAUUAGAUAAAAUCUAGUGAGAAUCUUUGUUUUUUUUUUUUUUUUUAUAAACAUGUUUUUUGCUUUCUGAAAUUUCUGUUUCCUUCAUUACAAAAGACUUUGAUUUUUUUUUUUUUUUUUUUUUUUUUUUUUUUUUUUUUUUGUUUUUUUGUUUUUGUAUGUGCUUUCAUAUAAAUAAUCUGAAUUUUGUUUAUUUAAUAAAUCAUAUUAUCUGUUGGAAGACUGCCAUUAUGUGCUCAAGGCAAUAGAUGUUGCCAUACUUUGCCAGUUAAUUAAUCACAGUACGUUAAGAUUUGUACAACGUUUUUUUUUUUUCCAAGUGUUUUAAUAUCCGCAAUGAGACAUUAUGUAAUUAUCUAAUUUACAUACAUUUCAGAACACAGAUUUGAACAGUGAAUAAAUCCAGUUGAACAUUUCUUUUAA